AUGGGGAGCAUCUAUAGAUACUUCAACACGGAGAAGAUCCGGGAGCACUACAACUACACCAAGGAGGGCUCGGAAAGCUCCUCCACCACCUCCCGUUUGGUGGUGUCCAUCCUCAUCAUCGUGUUGUGCUGCUUCAUCGUGCUGGAGAACCUGUUGGUCCUCAUCUCCGUUUGCCGCAACAAGAAGUUUCACUCGGCCAUGUACAUCUUCAUCGGGAACUUGGCUUUCUCCGAUCUCUUGGCGGGUGGCCUCAUGGCCAACAUCUUGCUCUCCGGAGCCACCACCUUCAACCUGACGCCGGUGCAGUGGUUCGUACGGGAAGGCACGGCCUUCGCCACCUUGGCCGCCUCCGUCUUCAGCUUGUUGGCCAUCGCCAUCGAGCGUCACGUGGCCAUCACCAAGGUCAAGGUCUACAGCAGCGACAAGAACUGUCGGAUGGUGCUGCUCAUCGGGGCUUGUUGGGUGAUCGCCGCCGCCAUCGAGCUCCCCAUCAUGGGGUGGAACUGCAUGAGCGACCUGCGGGAUUGCUCCACCGUCCUCCCCCUCUACUCCAAACGUUACGUCCUCUUCGUCACCACCAUCUUCACCCUCAUCCUCCUCGCCAUCGUGGGGCUCUACAGCCGCAUCUACUGCAUCGUGCGCUCCAGCCACGCCGAGAUCGCCACCGCCCAGACCCUGGCCUUGCUCAAGACGGUCACCAUCGUCCUGGGAGCCUUCAUCGUCUGCUGGCUGCCGGCCUUCAUCAUCCUCCUGAUGGACGCCUCCUGCCCCGUCCGGGCGUGCCGGAUCCUCUAUAAGGCGAACUAUUUCUUUGCCUUCGCCACGCUCAACUCGGGCCGCCAACCCCAUCAUCUACACGCUGCGAGCAAGGACAUGCGCCGGGAGUUCCUGCGGGUGCUGUGCUGCUGCGGGGCCGGGCGCCAGGACCAGCCCCGCCGCUGCGGGCUCCCGCUCCGCACCUCCAGCUCGCUGGACCGCUGCACCCCGAAAUACGAGUUACCCACCUCGCCUAUCACCCGCGAGUGUACCACCUCUGUCUAG